UCUGAGCUUUGACCCUCUCACACGUCAAUGUGUAACCUGAUGUUUACUUAUUCUGAAAACAUACAAAGGGCCAAAGAUAUAUAUUACUAUCCAGAGACUGCUGUGAUCCGGAACCAUCACAGACAACCGAGCAAGGAUAACUACCUGCAUCAAGUUAUCCUGAUUGGAUGGAAAGGACUCAGGGGGAAACGACUCCUUCAGAUGCAGUGUGGUUUUACUGUAUAAAAAGAGGAGGCCUGUGAGCUCCAGAGUGUAUUAUACCAGUUUCAUUCUGCUGUAACAUCUUGCUGUAUUGCUGUUGCCCCUAGCAAUAGGGAAGAGUCUUUUUGAAGGCUAUUUGUGCAAAUAAACAUCUUCUGCCUCAAGAAAACCGAUUCAUCUUGUGACCUGCAGAGCUAGGCCAAAGCUAGCUCCGUUUUCCGGCUGUCCGGGGUGUGACCAGCGUCUCCCAAGUUCCGCCUUCCGCCAGCUACCAGUAGAGGCCUAGUCAAGCGACUAGUGGGGAUUCGUCAGCACCACACAGGUGUGGUAAGACAGUGUGUCGACGUAUACAGAGCAGAACUGUGGUUCCAGAUGCCACGGCAGGUUAGGAGUUUGGUGUUGGCAACGUAGUACUGCCCACUGCGCAGUGGGUGGAGUCAGUAAGAGGUGGUUACUGACGGUAAGCGGGAAUCCCCUAUGUGGUCAGGUCCCGUGUGACCUAAAACUCCAUUCUGUGUACUGAAGACGCGAAAGCGGUGAGGGCUUUCGUACGGAACCGUCCGGUCACAGACAGCGCACUUCGUUAAUCCCACGCUAGCUGCCCCCUUGACUGAAUCUAAAGGAAUACUGACUCUGAUUAAGAACAGGCCUACCUCUGAACAUUUGCUCACCUGAUUGAAAUGCUAAUUGAUCAAAGAACAUAAGAUUGCACUAGCUCCCACUGGACGAUGGCGGUGUCUGACAAUCUCGCAUGUCUCCUUCCCCGAUGUCGUCUUCAGCAGCUGGCUCGUGAUUGGCUGGCUGAGGAUGCUCCGUGGCUGGACAUAGCUGGCUGGGCAGCGUGUCGCAGUGGGCAGGAGUACCAGGAGGCGACGUUACUGUGCAAGUCUGCGGGGGUCCUGGCGGGGUCCCCUUUCUUUCAGGCUGUUUGUGAAGAAGUGGGGUGCAGCGUGCACUGGGAUCACCACGAGGGGGAAUGGCUGGAGCCGGUGGAAAGGGUGGCCACGGUCAGAGGUCGUGUCAGUGAUCUCCUCCUGGCGGAGCGCCCGGCUCUCAAUGCCUUGUCCCGGGUCAGUGGCAUAGCCACAAUGGCGAGGCAGGUGUCCGAGCAGGCCAAGGCAGCAGGGUGGCCUGGGAAGGUGACAGGGACCCGGAAGACCACACCUGGAUUUCGUCUACCUGAGAAGUACGGCCUGCUGGUGGGCGGAGCCGGAAGCCACCGCUACGGGAUGGGCGACCUGGUCAUGUUGAAAGAUAACCAUGUAUGGGCAAUGGGAGGAGUCCAAGAGGCUCUGCAUGGUGUGCGCUCUCUCGCUGGCCACACGCUGAAGGUGGAGGUAGAGUGCAGAUCCACGGAGGAGGCCCUGGAAGCAGCCGCAGCUGGAGCGGAUAUUAUCAUGUUGGAUAACUUCACUGCUGAGGCACUGCACCAAGCGGCGCUCUCAGUGAAGGCUGCGUACCCAGGAAUUGUGGUGGAGGCUUCUGGAGGGGUCUCUGCACAUAACCUUCUCCAGUAUCUUGGACCAAAUGUGGACAUGGUGUCAAUGGGAUGUCUCACUCAGGGGCCUCCAAGUGUUGACUUUUCUUUAAAAUUAGCUAAAGGUCUGAGGAACCCAUCCUGAACCUCCACCUCCUGCUCUCCAGACUUGUGAAGAGUCCUGAAGAUUCACCAAGACGGCAUUUACGAUCACAUGGCCUUACCCAAGGUUUUACCACUGCCCUACACUCAGGUGAUAGUGUCAUGCAUCGGCUAGUACAUGUGACAUACACAUGUGACUGUGACACUAGCAGGUGGCACAUACGAUAACUGGGACAUACAGAGAACACACAUAUAUAGGGAUCAUUCCCUCUCUGUUACCAUAGAGAUCAUUCAUUCUCCCUCCAGAACACAUAGACCAGAACGUGAGGUCAUGUAAGUGGGCAGUGCUCCAGGGACGGCAUAAAUCUGUAUUAUUACCAAUAGAAACACAAUGGACUGUAUAUAGCUGAGAUCCUGUGUGCACAGCUAGCGUAUACUAAUAGUAUAAGAGCGUUUUUCCUGGUCUGUUCCAAGUUGGCGCAGAAACUACUGAACUGAUUUUCAUGGACACUGCACCAGUUUGUAGUGGAAACUCCUAGAGGUAACCUGGUCUGCUUCAUCUCCGUCUGUCAUGGUAAAAGCUGAGCAAGAACAAAAACUAAAUGUAUCGUCAUCAAUGCAAGAGAUAGGUGUGGCACCAUGCUCGCGGCCGGUAGGGGGGGGGGAGGGGGAGCUGCUUUUGGGACUGCAUUCACAUGAAAUGAAGUAAAUAGGUGGUGUGAGAGUUGUGUAUGGGUGGUGUGAGAGUUGAGUAUAAGUUGUGUGAGAGUUGUGUAUGAGUGGCGCGAGAGUUGUGUAUAAGAUGUGUGAGAGUUGUGUGUGGGUGGAGCGAGAGUUGUGUGUGGGUGGCGUGAGAGUUGUGUGUGGGCGGCAUGAGAGUUUUGUGUGGGUGGGGUGAGAGUUUUGUGUGGGUGGCGUGAGAGUUUUUUGUGUGGGUGGUGUAAGAGUUGUGUGUGGGUGGUGUGAGAGUCGUGUGGUGUGAGAGUUGUGUGUGGGUAGUGUGAGAGAUGUGCGUGGGUGGCAUGAGCAUUGUGUGUGGGUGGUGUGACAGUUGUAUAUAAGUGGUGUGAGAGUUGUGUGUGGGUGGUGUGAGAGUUGUAUAUAAGUGGUGUGAGAGUUGUGUGUGGGUGGUGUGAGAGUUGUAUGUGGGUGGUGUGAGAGUUGUAUAUAAGUGGUGUGAGAGUUGUGUGUGGGUGGUGUGAGAGUUGUAUGUGGGUGGUGUGAGAGUUGUGUGUGGGUGGUGUGAGAGUUGUAUAUAAGUGGUGUGAGAGUUGUGUGUGGGUGGUGUGAGAGUUGUGUGUGGGUGGUGUGAGAGUUAUAUAUAAGUGGUGUGAGAGUUGUGUGUGGGUGGUGUGAGAGUUGUAUGUGGGUGGUGUGAGAGUUGUAUAUAAGUGGUGUGAGAGUUAUGUGUGGUGGUGUGACAGUUGUAUAUAAGUGGUGUGAGAGUUGUGUGUGGGUGGUGUGAGAGUUGUAUAUAAGUGGUGUGAGAGUUGUGUGUGGGUGGUGUGAGAGUUGUAUGUGGGUGGUGUGAGAGUUGUGUGUGGGUGGUGUGAGAGUUGUAUAUAAGUGGUGUGAGAGUUGUGUGUGGGUGGUGUGAGAGUUGUAUGUGGGUGGUGUGAGAGUUGUGUGUGGGUGGUUUGAGAGUUGUAUAUAAGUGGUGUGAGAGUUGUGUGUGGGUAGUGUGAGAGUUGUGUGUGGGUAGUGUGAGAGUUGUGUGUGGGUAGUGUGAGAGUUGUGCGUGGGUGGCAUGAGAGUUGUGUAUGGGUGGUGUGAGAGUCGUGUGGGGUGUGAGAGUUGUGUGUGGGUGGUGUGAGAGUUGUAUGUGGGUGGUGUGAGAGUUGUGUGUGGGUGGUGUGAGAGUUGUAUAUAAGUGGUGUGAGAGUUGUGUGUGGGUGGUGUGAGAGUUGUAUGUGGGUGGUGUGAGAGUUGUGUGUGGGUGGUUUGAGAGUUGUAUAUAAGUGGUGUGAGAGUUGUGUGUGGGUGGUGUGAGAGUUGUGUGUGGGUAGUGUGAGAGUUGUGUGUGGGUAGUGUGAGAGUUGUGUGUGGGUAGUGUGAGAGUUGUGCGUGGGUGGCAUGAGAGUUGUGUAUGGGUGGUGUGAGAGUCGUGUGGGGUGUGAGAGUUGUGUGUGGGUGGUGUGAGAGUUGUGUGUGGGUGGUGUGAGAGUUGUGUGUGGGUGGUGUGAGAGUUGUGUGUGGGUAGUGUGAGAGUUGUGUGUGGGUAGUGUGAGAGUUGUGUGUGGGUAGUGUGAGAGUUGUGUGUGGGUAGUGUGAGAGUUGUGUGUGGGUAGUGUGAGAGUUGUGUGUGGGUAGUGUGAGAGUUGUGUGUGGGUGGCAUGAGAGUUGUGCGUGGGUGGCAUGAGAGUUGUGCGUGGGUGGUAUGAGAGUUAUGUGUGGUUGGUAUGAGAGUUAUGUGUGGCGGUGUGAGAGUUCUAUAUAAGUGGUAUGAGAGUCGUGUGUGGUGUGAGAGUUGUGCGUUGGUGGUGUGAGAGUUGUGUAUGGGUGGUGUGAGAGUUGUGUAUAAGUGGUGUGAGAGUUGUGUGUGGGUGGUGUGAGAGUUGUGUAUAAGUGGUGUGAGAGUUGUGUGUGGGUGGUGUGAGAGUUGUGUGUGGGUGGUGUGAGAGUCGUGUGUGGUGUGAGAGUUGUGUAUGGGUGGUGUGAGAGUUGUGUAUAAGUGGUGUGAGAGUUGUGUGUGGGUGGUGUGAGAGUUGUGUGUGGGUGGUGUGAGAGUCGUGUGUGGUGUGAGAGUUGUGUAUGGGUGGUGUGAGAGUUGUGUAUAAGUGGUGUGAGAGUUGUGUGUGGGUGGUGUGAGAGUUGUGUGUGGGUGGUGUGAGAGUCGUGUGUGGUGUGAGAGUUGUGUGUGGGUAGUGUGAGAGUUGUGUGUGGGUAGUGUGAGAGUUGUGUGUGGGAGGCAUGAGAGUUGUGUGUGGGUGGCAUGAGAGUUGUGUGUGGGUGGCAUGAGAGUUGUGCGUGGGUGGCAUGAGAGUUAUGUGUGGUUGGUAUGAGAGUUAUGUGUGGCGGUGUGAGAGUUCUAUAUAAGUGGUAUGAGAGUCGUGUGUGGUGUGAGAGUUGUGCGUGGGUGGUGUGAGAGUUGUGUAUGGGUGGUGUGAGAGUUGUGUAUAAGUGGUGUGAGAGUUGUGUGUGGGUGGUGUGAGAGUUGUGUGUGGGUGGUGCAGGGGCGCGGCCGCAGGUAGACGCUAGUAGUAUAAUAUAAUGGAUAUAUGUGUAAGAUAAAGAAUCCACUAUCCACUAUGUGUAUCCAUUAUGAAUAUGAAUCUCCAGUAUACAUUAGUGAUUGCCAUUAAUGCCAGUCUCAUGUCACUGAGCGGGGAUAUGAUAUUAUUAUAAUACCAGUCCUCCAGGUAGAUCUGAUUACUCCAGUGACAGUCACUAUUUCCAGGCAGUGCUCCCUCUAGUGGGUAAGGGCAGAUGUCACAUACUCAGUGUAUGGGGUAAGGUACUGGGCUUAGCGUGUUUCUGGUGAGUUCCUAGUUGCCAUAUGUAAUAGAAUGCGAGAACAACCAAACUCGCUAGAAUCUUACCACAACCAUUGUGACACAACACGCUUGCUGGCUGUAAUAACCAAUGAGCUGCAGGAACCACACCAGAAUGACUCGCUAACCUAUAGAGGUCCAGGGAUGUCGCUGCCCCACCUGAUCAUAUAGUGUUAUAUAUAACAUAUGCCAUCCCUCCUGGGCGUAACCCGCACUGGCGCGUCUGCCUGGUAUUGGGAAAGUGGGGGGACAAAGAAUGUGCCCCCCCCCACCCCCCCUCAAUUAUUACAUUACCAGCACUUGAUCUGACCAGCAAGGGCUUAUGGAACAAAGAGGGGAGACCUGUAGUGCAGGGACCAGGACCAUGGACACACCAGGACUGGGUCAGUUUACACUAGGGCUGGUUUCCUCCGCACCAAAAAAUGUGCAGACCCCCCUUCUGGGUCCAGCCAGCCCUAGUACCAAUAGCAUUAGGGCCCAGAGAGGUAGGUUAGAUGGAGCAGCAGAGUUGGUGGAGAUGCACUUUGCAUCAGGGCAGUUGCCGGGGUAGAUGGUCCGGGUUAAUGAGUCUGGAGAGGGGCAGAGAUUGGACGUUCCACAUCAGGAGAGCAGUAGAUUUAGCUUGAGGAGGUUGAGUGUAACCUGUGUGAAAGCAGAGUAUGGCUCAGGAGGUUUGGAGGUUAUGUUUGUGUUAUCUGUUUACAAGGUUGAUUCAGUUUAUGAUAUUUUUUAUAAAAAUCACCCAACAAAUAGAAUAAAAACUAGAUUUUAUUGAGUGUUUACUUCCCCUGAGGAUUCCACAGUUCCAGCUUUAAGACGUUGAAGAGAGAAGAGUAGGGGACAAAGACGGGGAGUUGUGUCAGGCAGAAUGAUCAUGGGGCAACAAAUAAGCCCCUUUCAGACCACCCAAACAGAAAUAAAUUACAGUUGUGUCUUUCAUGGGUUUGGUUUACAAAAUGAGACGCAAUAUACAGCAAGUUGGGGAUUUGCACUGGGUGUGAGAGCGCACCCCCAGAGGGGUAAGAUAUCG